AUGGCGUUCCUGUGGGUAGUUGCCUGCCUGGCCCUUGCCAGCACCGUCUCAGGCUGCGGCGUGCCUGCCGUCAGUCCCUCGGUGGUCUACAGCGAGAGGAUUGUCAACGGGCAGAACGCAGUGCCUGGAUCAUGGCCCUGGCAGGUGUCCCUGCAGACCCGCAGCGGAUCCCACUUCUGUGGUGGCUCCUUGAUCAACCAGUACUGGGUCGUCACAGCUGCCCACUGCAACUUCAACCCAAGUGCCCACGUCGUCGUCCUCGGGGAAUAUAACCUCAGGUACAACUCGGAGGCCAUUCAAGUGAGGACUGUGGCCAGGGCCAUCACUAACCCCGGCUGGAACCCCAACACCAUGAACAACGACAUCACUCUGCUGAGGCUGUCCUCACCUGCCCAACUGGGAUCCACCGUGGCCCCCAUCUGCCUGGCCCCUGCCAACAUGGUUCUGCCCAACAAUGCUAGGGCUGUCACCACUGGCUGGGGACGCACCAACCCCAACUCCCAAGCCUUGGCAACCGUCCUGCAGCAGGUAACUGUGCCCCUGAUCUCCACAAGCCAGUGCAUGCAGUACUGGGGCAACCGCAUCACCAGCUCCAUGCUCUGCGCCGGUGGAGUCGGAGCCACCUCCUGCCAGGGUGACUCUGGUGGACCUCUGGUGUACCAGACUGGGAAUGGCUGGACCCUGAUUGGCAUUGUCUCCUGGGGAACCUCCAACUGCGACACCCGCACUCCAGCCAUGUACACUCGUGUCAGCCAGUUCCGCAACUGGAUCGACACCAUCGUCUCUCAGGGCUAA